AUGAUUGGAGGGCAAACCUCAUCAAAAAUCCAGGGUCCGUUACCUACUUCUGCCACGUCUGUUCUCGCAAAAGGUGGGUGUGUUCCCUCCUCUUUUUCCAUCAAUCCUAACGAGGAAGUGUCGCCUGUCAGCCCGCAGACGUCAGUUUCCUCAACUUCUCAGGCCGUCUGCCCUCCUGUAGAGGAGGCUACCCGUGAAAUACCUCAACGGGAUGAGGGUUCGUAUCCGCAUUGCCCGAUCUACAUCCCCUCGAAGGGCCGCUAUGACCAAACUCGCACUACGAUGUCGACGCUCAUGCGGGAUCUCGUGCCUUUCACGCUUGUGGUAGAGCCCGAUGAGGUCGAGAGCUACACCCGCAUGCUAGAUUGCCUUGUGAUGGAAUUCCUCAACAGUUAUGAAACUACGCGUGCACUUGCCGCCGUCGACGGUGGGGCCGAGCAAAGUCAUGGAGAUACGAUAGCUGCUGGUGAUCAAGCGCCAGACAGCGGGUUGGUUCCCGCUCCUCCUCUCCUUCAUUCACAGAGUAUCUCUAAACAUAACAUCAGUGAGGAGAGCGAUACGAAACCGUUGUCGUUGUUGUUGCCAUCGCCGCAGCGCUGUGCUUGUUGCAACGUGCUCACCCUUGCAGAAGAGAGGGCGUGGCCUUUCGCGAGGCGCAUCGCGGAGCUUUACCACCACGGCUACCUCUUCCGCCCCCAUGUGGGUGAUGGGAAAAGAGAAAAUAACUCCUCCGUCGAUCCCGCCGCCGCUUCCAUACCUCAACGUGUUGCUUCGGCAGCUUUCACGUUAACCGACGUCGACGCCGUGCGGCGUAUUUUCAAGGUUGUAGCCCUGCCAGAAGGGGGGCAUGGGGUGUCGUACGUCCGAAAUUACAUUCUGCAUGUGCUCGUGCCUCAACAGAUGGUAGGAUGCGGGGUCGAUCGGACGGGGAAUAUCGAGGAACUCGGGCUUUUUUCUUCUCCUACGGCCCCAACCCUCUCGGCUGCGUUGCCAACCCAAUCUCACCCCGCGAGCGACGCAAGUCGGAUCUUUCUUCCCAACAGCACGUUGAAAAGCUUCGAGCUCGACCCUAGCGUGUAUGAGGCGGUGGAUCUCUUGCAGGGAGCAAAUGGAUCGGCCUCCCCACUAUUAGCUCAAGCCUCAGAAAGUGCACAGUCGCCGUCUUCGACCCCAUUCGCGCCGCCACACGGCCUUUACGGCUAUUACUGGGUUAUGGACGAUGAUAUCUCUACCUUUUCGCAUGCGGAUGCUCCAAAUAGAAGAAACAAGCGCAUAUCUGCCCGUCAAAUGAUGCGCAACGUCGAAGCUCGGAUCCUACACCUUAAUCAGAACGCGUCCAACCCCAAUCUCCUUCCCAUCUCGAGUAAGGAAAACGGGAUCGCGCCUUCUUCAUACGUACGGAAAGCUAACCCCAAAAUUCCAAUUUUCACUUGCAAGGAAGACGUACUUGCCAGUAACUGGAAGCCUGUGCAUAGAACCAGGAUGGCAAACCAGACUGCCUCCUCGUCUUCAGGUGUUGGGGAUUCAAAGGGGGUGACGUCAAGUACGAAUAUAAAUAAUAGUAACCAUAAUGCUAGCACUAUUAACGCAGAUGGUCGUAGUGAUGGGACUGAUGGUGAUGUGAAACCGAAAUCAACGGUUUUGAACAUCAACAACUACCCCUACGUGGCAUCCACAGCGUGUUUUUCCCUGGAGUACAGCCGGUUUUCCUUCACCUACGAUAACACGGCUUUGGCAGUGAACAGCUACAAUAAUAUUGCGUGUCUUUUUAACUAUCGCCUUCUACACAACCCCACGCAGACUCUCUUCUUUCCUCCGCACGCCACCGGUGGCGUGCGGAGCGCAGAGGAAACGCUCAUGGGGAUUCCCAUCAACGCAUCCCCGGAGGAGGAGGAGGAGCCACAUGUCAGCAGCAAAGCGGUGGCUAACGGUGGCCAUCCGAGUUAUCGCUAUUACAUGCCUGGAUCGAUGUUAUGGUAUCGCUUUGUGGUACGUGAGGACUACGACUUCACGCUACAGCUCAUCGCCCGAGGGAUGUACACGUUGCGAUUUAGAGAUCUCAGCUUUGAGGUUCCCCAGAUGGGGAAGGUGCGUGGGGGGAUGACGACGUACUACCGAACGUGUGGGGAGGAUAUUAAACGUCAGAACCGCCUCUUUGUAGCGCAAUGGCCGGCCGUUGCGCAGGCCUGGCCGAAAGGCCGCAAGGAAACUGCCCGAGAUGACAUCCGCGUGCGCUGGGAUCUCCUCCACCCCUCCCGAUCUCGCCAUCCAGGGGCUUUUUUGUUUCUUAAGGAUCCUCUCCCUCAGCUGCAGCAAACCGCACCCCCACCUCCUCCACCCCCAUGCAACGUUAUUGAAGAACUUCCUCCGGUGAAAGAAGUUAUUAGCCAUCUAGACCGCGGCAACAAUGGUAAUGAAAAGGAUGAAGAUACAUUGCUGAAGUCUUCUGGCGUGAAACGGGGCCGCCCGGCCUCCUCCUCCUCGUUUUCUUCUUCCUCGUCUUCGUCGUUGUCGUCGUCGGGGAGUGAAACAGAGGAAGGUUCCCGCGCGAGCUCCGCGCGGCGUGAGGUUCCCGCCGUGGCGGUAAAGCCGGUGGAUUCUCUCCCCCAGCCCUCUCUUCCACCUUCGUCGCCUCCUCUACCUCCCCCACCUCAACCUACUUCUUCACCUCCCCUUCCCCCUCCCCCUGCUCCUGCUCCCUCUGCUGCCACGCAAAACGUGCUUCGUGUGGAUCACAGCAGCCGUUGGAAAGGUUAUGCGGUGGAGCGGUGGCGGAAUCUCGACCCCACGGAGGCUGCCGCCCUCGGGCUCCGCCUUCUUCCCCCGGAAAGUCUCCAUAUCGGGCAAACCGUCGCGAUUGUUCCGCCGUUGCUAUCGCAACAACCCUCUGUCGUGUUGGCGACGUUGAUUGAGAAGCAGCCGAACGUCGAUGGGGAAGGGGAUCCACGAUGGACGGCGGUCGUGCAGCGGGUGCGGGAGAUCCCGGUGCUCACCGUCUCCCAUUGUUACGCGAUCCCUGAUCAGGGCUUGCAACGUGCCGCCGCCGCGGUGGAUGCGUUUUUCGCGAAGCUGUGGGCGAAUGUCGCACCCGUGGCGUCGUCGUCGUCGAAGUUUUUAGAUGAUUAA